ACGCGAAGAAGUCUUUUUGUACAGUAUCCACGGAGGGACAGAAUUGUUUGAAAUGCGAUGUAGCACUUACAAAUUAGGUUUCAAAGUUCAGUUACUUCUCAUACAGUGAAGUCCGACUCGUCGACAGUUUGGUUCGUUCGUAUAACAUCAUGGCUCAGUACAGUCGUGUUUCGGGGACUGUUGGUCUGAUUACGCUCCUAAAUCCUCCUGUUAAUGCACUCAGUGCAGCAGUAAGGCAAGGUAUUGUGGACAUGAUGGACAAGGCACUGAGUGAUCGGAAGGUGAAAUCCGUGGUCAUCUGCGGUCACAAUGGGAAAUUUUGUGGAGGGGCGGACAUCAGGGAGUUCAGCUCCCCCCUGACUGGUCCUCUGUUGAUCCCGGUGAUCCAGGGCGUGGAAUCGGCAGCUAAACCGGUGGUAGCGGCCAUCGAGGGGGUCGCUCUGGGCGGCGGCUUGGAGUUGGCGCUCGGAUGCCACUACAGAAUUGCACACUCUAAGGCCAGACUGGGGCUUCCUGAGGUUCACCUGGGACUGCUGCCAGGGGCAGGGGGAUCCCAGCGCCUGCCGAGGCUCAUCGGAGUUCCAGCUGCCUUGGAUAUCAUCACCACAGGGCGCCACGUGACCGCCGCCGAAGCCCUGAAGCUUGGAUUAGUCGACAGAGUUACUGACAGAAACACUGUGGAUGAAGCUGUGAAAUUUGCUUUGAGUGUUGCAGAUCAAUCCCCGCAGUCCCGUCGUAUAAGCACGUUUCCGUGUCCGCACCACCCGGAUCUGGACGCUGUCUUUGAAGGGGUCAUGCAGCGGGUUCGGCAGCGUGCGCGGGGAGCCCUCGCCCCGGUGGCGUGCGUCCAGGCGGUUGCUGCUGCCACCCUGCCCUUCGCUCAGGGUAUGGAGCGCGAGAGGGAGCUGAUGGCCACUCUCUUCACCUCGGGCCAGGCCCGAGCUCAGCAGUACCAUUUCUUUGCCCAGAGAGCUGUCGGCAGGUGGAGCAUGCCCAGUGGAGCCCGCUGGGACAAAACCAAGCCUGUGGCGGUACAUAAAGCAAUGGUCAUAGGUCUUGGCACCAUGGGAAGGGGGAUAUCCGUGGCUCUCGUACAGGCCGGGGUGUCUGUGGUCGCUAUGGAAACCAACGAGAAGCAGUUAAUGGACGCAAAGCAGGCCAUAUCUAGCAUGUUGGAGCGGGGCGCCAAGAGACGAGGCGUGGCGCCGGCGCUGGACAAGAUCCGUUACAGCUCGGACAUGCAGCCAGCAGCGGACGUGGACCUGGUCAUCGAGGCGGUGUUUGAGGACAUGGCUCUGAAGAAGAAGGUCUUUCAGCAGCUGUCGGCGCUUUGUAAACCCGGCACAUUCCUGUGCUCCAACACCUCCGGACUGGACGUAGACCAGCUGGCCUCCGAGACCCGCACCCCCGAGCUGGUGGUUGGGAUGCACUUCUUUGCUCCGGCGCAUGUGAUGAAGCUGCUGGAGGUGGUGUACGGGUCCAGGUCGUCUCCACAAGCCGUGGCCACUGCCAUGGAGCUCGGGAAGCAAAUGGGAAAAGUGAGCGUAGCAGUUGGAAACUGUCGCGGCUUCGUGGGCAACCGCAUGCUCAAGCCCUACCUGGAGCAAGCCUUCUUCCUGCUGGAGGAAGGAGCCACUCCGGAGUUUGUAGAUCAAGUUCUGGAGGAGUUUGGGUUUGCCAUGGGGGUGUUCAGAAUGUCAGACCUCUCAGGGCUCGAUGUUGGUUGGAGAGUCAGGAAGGCCGACGGGCUUCCUGACGGACACUCGGCUAGAAUCCGCCAAGGCUGCAGAUACAGCCCCCUGGGGGAUCUUCUGUGUGAGCAGGGGAGGUUCGGUCAGAAAACGGGCCGAGGGUGGUACCAGUACGACAAACCAGGGGGUCAGGUUGCUAAGCCUGAUCCCUGGCUGCAGGAUUUCCUGGAGAAGUUCCGAACCCAACACGGCUUGGUGGCCCGCCGCAUCGACCACCAGGAGGUGCUGGAGCGCUGCCUCUACGCCCUGAUGAACGAGGGCUUCCGCAUUCUGGAGGACGGAAUAGCAGCGGGACCGGAAGACAUCGAUGUCAUCUAUGUGCUGGGCUACAGCUGGCCCCCUCACCGCGGAGGCCCCAUGUUCUAUGCUGCUAUGGUGGGUCUGAAGAAGGUUCUGGAGAGGCUCGAGCACUACCACCAGGAGCAUCCUGAUAUUCCCAGCCUGAAGCCCUGCAACCUGCUGAGGAAGCUGGUCGUCAGUGGCAGUCCUCCUGUCCAAAAAUGGAGGGAGUUCCUGCAGAAACCCCAAAGCCAACUGUAAACAGCUCAUAUAAUAUCCCAAAACCCACAUUUGAUCCAGUUCUGAUUUACUAAACGAGUAUUUUGUAUUUCCCAUUGCUUAUUGAUUUCUCACUUCCAGUGAUGUAUGAUACUGCAGCUCCUGUGAAACGCGCACAAGGGGACCAGUUAAGAAGAUAUAACAGUGCAAUAAAUGUAUAAACCAGAGUGAUAAAAAUCCAGA